UACAAAUCAACAUGAAGACGUGCAAGCCAAUGAUAACAUUUUCGAGGAUGCUUCAGUCACAACAUCUUCCGAUGAACCAAACGAAAUGGUUAUAAAUGAAUUACAAACAGACAUCAAUAAAGAGGCAACACAAUCCUCUGAUGAAGCUGUAUCAACACCAACAGAAGAAAUCGAGAAUGUUGAUAAAAAUGACGUUCAAAGUAUUUGUGAUGCCGACGCAUUGUCAACACCAAAGUCGAUUGUGAAGCCGGAUGAAAGUCGUGCUUUUACCAUUCCACGUUACACAAAACGUUCACAACAAGUUUCCGAACUUGCAUCUGUCACACCAAAACGAACACAGCGAAUGUUCAAUGUUCCCGAACAAACAGAAAAGGUAAUUCCUGUACAAACUGAGGAACAAUAUUCUGAAAUGGCCGAUAGCAGUACACUUGCUGUAGAAGAAAAGCAUCCCGAAUCGCCAGAAGAACAAAGUGAGACCAAAGACAUUGAAGAAGUGUCUGCCGUUUUUACAACGCCAGCCAAAGUUGAAAUAAUUGCCAAAUCUAGUUCAACCAUAACUCGGUCAUCAAGACGUCAACAACAAAAUAUCGAUAUUGAAACCAUGACUUCAAAACGAACACAACAAAAAUUGAACAUGAGUGUUAAUGUUCCACAAACUCCAUGCGAAGCAGAAGUCCAAUCAUCGUCUGAAACAAUUCAAAAUGAGGACGAGCAAGCCACAAUUGAAGAACAGUCUUCCAAAGUGGACAAACAGAUCGAAACAUCAAUUAUUGAACCAGAGCAAAAAGAUUUGGUGUCUGAAAACAUUGAAUUAGCAAAAGAAGAUGCGCUCAUUGAAGACGAACAAGUUGAGGAAAAAAUGAAAGUGGAUGAUAUUGAAGCCGAUGUGGAAGUAACUCAGUCAAAUGAUAACGAUACAUUAUUAACACCAGCAAAAGUCACAAUGAAGCCGGAUGAAAGCCGAGCAUUUACCCUUCCACGAUAUACAAAACGUUCACAGCAAAUUUCUGAACUUGCAACAGUCACACCAAAACGUACACCACGAAAGUUCAAUGUUCCUGAACAAAGUGAGGAAAAAUCUUCUGAAAUGAACAAACAGCCCGAAUGUGAUACAGCUGAUGUAGAAGAAAAGCAGCCAGAAUUGUCUUCAUCUAAUUCUGAAUCGCUAGAAGAACAAAGUGAGAUUAAAUCCACUGAAGAAGUGUCCGCCGUUUUUGCAACGCCAGCCAAAGUUGAAAUGAGCGUGAAAUGUAGUUCAACCAACACUCGAUCAUCAAGACGUCAAGAAAAAAGUGUUGAUUGUGGAGCGUCACCCGAACGAACACCACGAACAUUGAACGUGAGUAUGAGCGAACCUGAAGUUCCGUCAUCGACAAUUUCAAUUCAAAAUGAAAGCAAUGUUGACAUUUCCGAUGUCGUUUCAAUUAUGACUUCUUCUGAUGAACAAAACGAAACGACUUUGGAUCAAACUUCGAUAGUUGUAAGCACUGAGCCAACACAAUCCUGUGAUGAAGCUGUUGAAAUCGUUUCAACACCAAAGGAAGAAGUCGAGAAUGUUGAUAAAAAUGACGUUCAAAAUAUCUGUGAUGCCGACGCAUUGUCAACACCAGCCAAAUCUAUUGUGAAGCCAGAUGAAAGUCGUGCUUUUACCAUUCCACGUUACACAAAACGUUCACAACAAGUUUCUGAACUUGCAUCUGUCACACCAAAACGAACACCACUAAAGUUCAAUGUUCCUGAACAGACAGAAAAGGUUAUUCCUGAACAAACUCUGGAGCAAUCUUCUGAAGUGGCCGAUUGCAGUACACUUUCUGUAGAAGAAAAGCAACCCGAAUUGUCUUCAUCCAAUUCUAAAUCGCCAGAAGAACAAAGUGAGAUCAAAGCCACUGAAGAAGUGUCCGCCGUUUUUGCAACGCCAGUCAAAGUUGAAAUGAGCGUGAAAUGUAGUUCAAACAUAACCCGCUCAUCAAGACGUCAACAACAAAAUAUCGAUGUUGAAACUAUGACUCCAAAACGAACACAACGAAAAUUGAACAUGAGUGUCAGUGUUCCAAAAACUCCAUGCGAACCUGAAGUUCAUUCGCCGAUAGAUACAAAUCAACAUGAAGACGUGCAAACCAACGAUCAAAUUUCCGAGGAUGUUUCAGUCACAACAUCUUCCGAUGAACAAACCGAAAUGGUUUUGGAUAAAACUAAGUCAGACCCAAGCACAGAGCCAUCCGAUGUGGUAUCUGAUAAAUCAACCGAAGAUGAUAUGGCAAUUGUUGAAGAACAAAUUGAGGAAGAAAUGAAUGUGGAUCAAGUUGAAGCCGAUUUGGAAGCAACUCAGUCUAAUGGUGACGCCAUUGAAUGUAUUUCAAUGCCAACAGAAGAGGUUGUCAAAGACGCUGAAUCAUCUGAUAAUCAAGAUAAAAACACAGAAUACCCACAAAACAUUAUUGAUGUCGACCCAUUAUCAACACCAGCAAAGGCCAUUUUGUUGUCGGAUGAGAGUCGUGCCCUUACCAUUCCACGAUACACAAAACGUUCGCAGAAAGUUUCCGAGCUUGCAUCUGUCACACCAAAGCGAACACCACGAAAGUUCAAUGUUCCCAAACAGACAGAAAAUGCCAUUCCUGUACAAACUGAGGAGCAAUCAUCUGAAGUGGCCGAUAGCAAUACAUUUGUUGCAGAAAAUGCCAUUCCAGAACAAUCUUUGGAAGCGGACAAACAGCUCGAUUGCGGUACAUCUAAUUCUGAAUCAACCCAAUCACAAAAUGAGAUCAAAGCAACUGAAGAAGUGUCCGCCGUUUUUGCAACGCCAGCCAAAAUUGAGAUGAACGCCAAAUGUUGUUCAACCAACACUCGGUUAUCAAAACGUCAACAAAAAAGUAGCGAUGUAAAAGUUAUGACUCCAAAACGAACACCACGAAAAUUGAACAUGAGUGUCAGUGUUACACAAACACCAGGCGAAGUCCAAUCGUCGACAGAUACAAAUCAACAUGAAGACGUGCAAGCCAAU